UUGUCUGGCUGUGGUUGUUAUGGGACUGGUUGGCCCAGCGCAGUCUGAUACUCGAUCAGUUAGCUCCAAUGUAACGAUACCAUGGGCGGGAGAACUACCCCAACCAAAACCUUACAUAACAUACAACAACUACGAGCCUGGAGGAUUAAAGGGGCUCUACACAAUGGCACGAGGUUGGGCCGGGCUGGUCUCAAAGGAACUCCAAUCUGACAUGAUCCUCGAUUAUGCAGAGACUUAUGAUGAUUACGACGCUCAAGAGAUCAUAUAUGAGAGUAUCGCGUUUUCUAUUGGCAUCGUCAUCUGUGUCGUGAUCGGCAUACUCUUCUGUGUUGCAAUGCCAAUCAGUGGCAUCUUCUUCUGCUGCUGUCGCUGCUGCGGCUGCGGCUGCUGCGGGGGCAAUGAAACACAGACCACGAAAGAGGCGGAGGGAGGAGGGCGAGCCUGCCUACAGGUGACCGUCUUCUGUACACUGGCACUUCUGUUGAGCGGUGGAGUUUGCUUAGCCAUAAAUAACGAACGAAUAAAAGACGUAUGGAAUGACGUAGAGACAUCAAUUGAUACGAACUUUGACGACCUCCGGGAACUAUUUGAUGUUACCGUGAAGCAAUUGGAGUACACUGGGAAAGAUGACUUCCGGUUGAUGAUGAAAAUGAUUACGGACGACAUUGAUGACAUCGCGAACGUAUUGGGAAAACCAGUCGUUGACGACAUUAGCGCCAUCGCCGAUCUCGACGCUUCGAUAGAUUCCGUCAUGAAGCUAGGAGCAGAAGUUGACAAGGUUGCAGAGGAUGUUGGAGUGUUUGUAACAACUUUAGACCGAAUGCAGUCCACAGUAGAAACAUUUUCACUCGAGUUGACCGCGCUGGAACAAAACUUAACAACAGCAUGCAGUGGUGGUCUGUGUCCAGGUCUCGAACCGGACAGCGUCGUUAUUGAGGUGGACUACAGUCAGGUGUUGGUGCAAUUGAAAGACCUCCUGGAUCAAAUUAAUGAAGUACAGACCAUGAACCUGACUAAGCUUGCUAUUGAGGCAAGCGAUGCGAUUAACAACAUUCCGGAUGAGAUAUACACAGCAACAGAGCAAAGUAGAGAAGAUAUUAAAACAACGUUGAACGAUACGGAGGCGGAGAUGGUGGAAGAGCUGGAUGACCUCAUUGAAGCCAUCAACGAAUACGCGAUCACAGAUGAAUUGAAACAGGAAUGGUUGGACGCCGUGUCUUCAGAUGAAGCAAACAUUGCAGAGCAAGCAAGGUGGUGGACUUGGAUGGCUCUCGCUAUCGUAGUGUUCAUCAUCGUCGUCUGUCUCGCUCUCGGCAUGACUUGUGGCAUCGUUGGAUACAGUAAGAAUGACCACCCGACACUUAGAAGCAACACUUCGCACUGCGGUGGCAACUGUCUGUUGUGUGGAGUUGUGUUGUGCUUCAUCUUCGCAUCGUUGUUGAUGUUCUGCUGCACAGUAUUCUUCGUGGUUGGCUCGCCCACUGAGACGUACAUCUGCGAACCACUGGCGGACCCCGAACUCGAAUUCGUUGCCGAGUUGGUAGAUGUGCCGGGGACGCCCUUGAUGACCGACUUGAAGGACGACGAGUACAUGCUUAGCUACCUUGUGUACGACGACGGCAGCAUCGUGCUGCGCAUCACGGAUGUCCUCAAAGAGUGUAGGGACAACAGGGCAAUAUGGGAUGUCAUAAAGUUAGACAACGUCUACGACCUGAAUGAUUUACCAGAUCCGUCAGAGAUGGUAGAUAUUGAUGAACUAGUGAAGGCAGUUACUGAUGAGAUCGACCUGACAACCGUCAGUAUUUUAACACCAGAGCUGAAAGAGCAGCUGGAGAAAUUCAAUGAGGUGUUGAGCAAGCUUGAUACGACUGCCUACGAAAUUCUGUUGGAGCCAAGAUAUCACAUCGGGACUAAGUCGCCAGCUUUGCUGAUGGAAAUCGACGACUGCAGCGGCCGUCCGCAGUCCCCGCGACGUGCAGCAGACAGUCUAAGAAUUCCUGCGCUAGCACUAACCGUGAUAUGCGAGACCACGUCAUAUGCGACCGCGCUAGAGGCGGACACGGAGACGGCACUCAUCACGCCACACAUCCUCAUCCCGACCCACUCACCCCACACACGCAGGACCCUACCGAACGCUAGCUGGUUUUGCCUCGGUUGGUGUGCUGUGAUGCUCAUCCCUACGGUGAUCUUUGCGACGAAGCUGGCCAAGUAUUACAAGCGCACGCCGGUGUUCGACGACCGGGAGAGCCUACUUCCACAAGCCGGAGCUGGCCCACAUAACAGCUCUCCAGAGCAACGACCCUCGUCGUUCGUGAAUCCCACUUACACGGGCCCGAAAGCGGUUCCCGCGCACCCGCUACACAAGGGCGUCCCUAACAACUACUCUCCACCCCCAUACCAGGACACGCCCACGUCCAAUCAACCGGGUCCUGUUUACUACGGUGGCCAUCCCGCUUACACACCAAACCCCUACGAGGACGGCUUCUCGCUAGCAGUGCAGGCAGGCGGGGGUUACGUACCGACAGCACCGCCGCAGUCGAUGGGAGGUGCUUACAGCGGUCACUACGCGCCUCAAGGGCAUGCGACCCCAUCAGCUUACGACGCCUUCGACUCCAUCCCGGAUGGGCUCCCCGGUGACACGUACGAGAGCAAGCCGCGCCGCUGGGAGCCGCCCUCAUAUGCCGUGCCGGUCAUUCCGGGACUCCCACCCCCGAACACCAGGGGAAUGCAAACUCUCUACUGA